AUGCCGCCACCCUUGCACGCUGGACACCGGCGCAGCGCGUCAGAGUCCCGCCGCCUCGCCCGAGGCGAGACCCCGCCGCUCCUCCUCCGCCCGCACCACACGGGACUGGGGAGUGUGUCGCGCCUCAUCUCGCAGUGGGAGGACAUGAGGGAGAACCUCGCUGCCAGGGGGAUCGGCCACCACAAGGUCCCGGCUCCUCCUCCCAGUUCUUUCAUUCCGCCUCGUAUCGCCUCUGCAUCUGGCUGGGGAUUUGGUAUCAGUCGUGACGUCGACCUUGGUCUUGACGUUGACGUCGAGGGCUCCGCCUCCACCGCCACCACCAACAACGGUCGUCCGACCAUCAACGACGGCCCUACCGCCAACGAUCGGCCGACCACCGACGAAAACCAAACCACCAACGACCGCACGGCCGCCAACGACAACCCCGCCGGGAGGACGGGCCUGGCUGCCAUCCUCGACCCUUCCCCGGGGAUGGCCAGGAGGGCGGGAGUGGUAAUGGAUGCCGUAGCGGCUCACGAGGGAAGGGCCCAUGGCUCUGGUGAACCCGUACGCGUCGCGGCUGUCAUUAGGGGCAGGGGAACCACGUCUGGCCCCAGUCGUAUUGCUGCCCACGCAAGGAAGCUGUCGGGCGACACGUCCAAGACCCAGCCCCAGCCCCAGCCCCGGACCCAGACGCAGACCAGUACGCGUGCACCGCUCCAGCCCCGCUCCACCAACAUUCCCGCCUCGCACAACCAGCACGCUGCUCCGCCGUCAUCGUUCAAGAUGCAGGCGUCGGCGGCGGCGGCGACGACCGCGACGACGGCACGGCCCGUAGUGCACAGCACCGACCCCAGGAGCAACAUGGCCAGUCCCACGCCUACGGACUCGGUCCCGCCGGUGUUGCCGACCACGCCGUCGCCGCCAGCCCGCCCGGUCCGCCACGCUCGUCGCACUUCCGGGGCCACUGCCGCUCAACCGGGCACACACGUCCACCACCGGGUUCAGACUCAGCCUCCUGCUCGAGCUCCCAACACCAUCACCACCAACAGGGCAUCCACUGCCGUCCCCAUGGCCGACCUGCCCACCCUGCCGGCCUCCAGCCGCACUGCCACUCCCCUCGGAACGGCCGAUACACAUGUUCCCUGGCAGUGGGAAGAGAUUGACGCGGUGCUGCGUCUGCGGGGCACGCCCGGCGUGAGCGACAGCGGUUCAUCGGCCGGUACCCAGGCCGAGCAACUGGGACGUAUAAAGGACACUGACACUGGUGGCCACUCGGUGGCCACUGGCCACUGGUAUCGCAAGUAG